CUCCUGAAUGGGUAAAGAAAAUGUACCAACGCAUACAGUUAAAUAUUUAGCUAAGAGAUGCGCCACGGCUUCGGCUUCGGCAGGGACUGGCUGUUCGCUGCUGCUGCUUGAGCGCCUCCAGCACCUUCCCUACGGACUCGCAGCGCCGGUCGGUUGGCCCCUGCUCCGCGGUAACCAUGUGCGACAGGAAGGCGGUGAUAAAAACUGUAGACAUGUCGGAAGAGAUGCAGCAGGACUCAGUGAGGUGUGCUAUCCAGGCGCUGGAGAAGUACAGCACAGAGAAGGAUAUUGCGGCCCAUAUCAAGAAGGAGUUUGACAAGAAGUACAACCCCACCUGGCACUGCAUUGUGGGCCGGAACUUCGGUAGUUAUGUGACAUACGAAACCAAACACUUCGUCUACUUCUACCUGGAUCAGGUGGCCAUUCUUCUGUUCAAAUCUGGGUAAAAGCGUGGACUGACUGCAUCCUAAAUGUCAAAUACCAGAGUCCGGAUCUUCAGACUUGUUAAGGGAAUGCCUCGUCCGAACCUGUUGUGUUCUGUAGAGGACCUCAUUCUCUGUACAAGUUUGUGGUUAUAAAAUUAGUGAA